AUGAAGGAGACUGUUGUUGAUUUCACGCCCAAAUGCAUCUCGGGGAUCGAGUUUGGCGCGCUAUCUGCAGCAGAGAUUAUUGGCCAGAGUGAGGUGGAGGUGGCCACCCGGAACCUGUUUGAUCUGGACCACGGAAGAGCCCCUGUUGAGAACGGUGCCCUGGACACAAGGAUGGGUAUUUCGUCCAAAUCGGGCGAAUGUACCACCUGUCGCGGCACCUUGAACACCUGUCAUGGUCAUUUUGGCCAUAUAAAGCUGGCGCUUCCUGUUUUCCACGUUGGAUACUUCAAGUCCACCAUCCAGGUUCUCCAGACGAUCUGUAAGAGCUGUUCUGCGGUUUUGCUGGACGAGUCGACCAAACGGCAGUUAUUGACCGAUCUCAAGCGACCGGGACUCGAUAACCUUCGUCGGAUGAGAAUCCUCAAGAAGGUUCUGGACCAGGCAAAGAAACAGCGUAGAUGUCUUCGUUGUGGAGCACUGAACGGAGUGGUCAAGAAGGCCGCUGCCGGAUCAGGUCCUGCUGCGCUGAAAAUCAUCCACGACACUUUCAGAUGGAUCGGAAAGAGAGGAGCUGAGGAGAAAGUUCAAUGGGACGAGGAUUUCGAGGAGUUGUUUGACAACAAUCCGGACCUGGAAAAAUUCUUUAAACGGUGUUUUGAAGACCUUAACCCAUUAAAAGUGCUGAAUUUGUUCAAACAGGUCGAUCCGAGCGACUGUGAGCUUUUGGGAAUCGACCCAUCCAGAGGAGGUCGCCCAGAAAUGUAUCUGUGGCGAUACUUGCCUGCUCCGCCAGUGUGUAUCCGUCCGUCUGUUGUGAUGACCGAUACCAACACCUCGAACGAAGACGAUCUGACCGUCAAGAUCACAGAAAUCGUCUGGACGUCCUCCAUGAUCAGAGCAGGCAUUGAGAAAGGGAUUUCGAUCAACUCGUUGAUGGAGCAAUGGGAUUACCUGCAGUUAGCCGUGGCCAUGUACAUAAACUCGGACUCUGCUUCUCCGUCGGCUCUUUCUGGUGGCACGAGCACCAAGUCGGCAAAACCCAUCAGAGGUCUGUGUCAGCGUCUAAAGGGUAAGCAGGGACGGUUCAGAGGUAACUUGUCGGGAAAAAGAGUUGAUUUUUCAGGAAGAACUGUGAUCUCUCCCGAUCCCAACUUGCGGAUCGACGAGGUGGCUGUUCCAGACAGAAUCGCCAAAGUGUUGACGUAUCCUGAGAAGGUGACGCGGUACAACAAGGCCAAGUUGCAAGAAUUGGUGAUCAACGGACCGGAUGUUCAUCCUGGUGCCAACUAUUUGGUGAAGAAACACGAGGACGUUAAGAGAAACCUGCGUUAUGGUGACCGUAACAAGCUGGCCAAACAGCUGUCUAUUGGAGACGUUGUGGAGAGACACAUCGAGGACGGAGACAUCGUUUUGUUCAACAGACAGCCUUCGUUGCACCGUUUGUCGAUCAUGAGCCAUUUCGCCAAGAUCCGGCCAUGGAGAACGUUCCGUUUGAACGAGUGUGUUUGUACUCCGUACAACGCCGAUUUCGAUGGAGACGAGAUGAACUUGCACGUUCCACAGACAGAGGAGGCCCGUGCAGAGGCCAUGAACCUGAUGGGUGUGAAGAACAACCUGUUGACUCCCAAGUCGGGAGAACCGAUCAUUGCGGCCACUCAGGACUUCAUCACAGGCUCGUACCUGAUUUCCAACAAGGAUUCGUUCUACGACCGGGCCACGUUUGCGCAGAUGCUGGCGAUGAUGUCUGACGGGGCCACCCAGAUCGAUAUUCCUCCACCUGCUAUUUUCAAGCCAUCGUAUAUGUGGACUGGAAAGCAGCUGUUCAGUUUGCUGAUCCGGCCAAAUAAGAGCUCCAAGGUGAUCAUCAACCUGGACGCCAAGAACAAGACGUUCAUUCCGCCAGAACCAGGCAUGCCCAACGAGAUGGCUCCGAACGACGGGUUUGUGAUCAUCAGAAAUUCCCAGAUUCUGUCGGGAGUCAUGGACAAAUCUACUCUCGGAGACGGAAAGAAGCACUCUGUGUUCUACACGAUUUUGCGAGACUACGGUGCCGAGGAGGCCGCCAAUGCGAUGAACAGAAUGGCCAAGUUGUGUGCCAGAUUCUUGGGCAAUCGUGGAUUCUCUAUUGGUAUCAACGACGUGACUCCGGGAGCAGACCUCAAGUCGAAGAAAGAAGAGCUGGUCGAGUUUGCUUAUAAGAAGUGUGACGAGCUGAUUACCCAGUUCAAGACCGGAAAGCUGGAGACCCAGCCCGGAUGUAACGAGGAGCAGACCCUGGAAGCCAAGAUCGGAGGUUUGUUGUCCAAGGUGAGAGAAGAGGUCGGAGAGGUGUGUAUCAAGGAGCUGGAGAAGUCGAACGCUCCGUUGAUCAUGGCUACUUGUGGCUCGAAGGGUUCGACCUUGAACGUUUCGCAGAUGGUGGCAGUUGUCGGACAGCAGAUCAUUUCUGGUCACCGUGUUCCGGACGGGUUCCAGGACCGUUCUUUACCGCAUUUCCUCAAGAACUCCAAGACUCCGCAGUCUAAGGGAUUUGUGCGUAACUCGUUCUUUUCUGGUUUGAAUCCCCCAGAGUUUCUUUUCCACGCCAUCUCGGGUAGAGAAGGACUGGUUGACACGGCUGUCAAGACCGCAGAGACCGGAUACACGUCGCGUCGUUUGAUGAAGUCGAUGGAGGACCUGAGUGCCGGCUACGACGAGACCGUGCGGAACUCCAGCAACGGCAUUGUGCAGUUCAACUACGGUGGAGACGGUCUGGACCCGUUGGACAUGGAGGGUGAUGCCAGACCGGUCAACUUCAACAGAACAUGGGACCAUUCGUUCUAUAUCAGUCUGGACCACAGCGAACGCGGACUGUAUCCUUAUGAGAUCAUGUCGAUCACAGACUCUGUGUUGAGUCCUUUGAAGUCGCAGCUGGUUCGUGUGGACAACCUGGGCCGGCGUGUGAGCGAGACCGACUUUGACAGGCUCGAGUACGUGGACAGAUACGACGCGGAGCGGAACUUCUACGACUCGGUGAGAGGCUACAUCGAGGCCAAGUGCAACGCUCUUGCCAAGCUGAGAGAACAGCGUGGAAUCGCUCCUAUGCUGCACAAGCCUGCCAAGAUGCCAAAGACGAAUGCGGACCAGGAGCGCGUUGUUCUGCAGCUGGCCAAGGUGUCGGAAGGUAUGAUCCGGGAGUUUUUGCGGCUGUGUUUGCACAAGUACCUCAAGGCCAAGGUGGAGCCGGGAACGGCAGUGGGUGCAAUUGGAGCGCACUCGAUCGGAGAGCCAGGAACCCAGAUGACGCUCAAGACGUUCCACUUUGCCGGUGUGGCGUCUAUGAACGUCACUCUUGGUGUUCCGCGUAUCAAGGAGAUCAUCAAUGCUUCCAAGACGAUUUCGACACCGAUCAUCAACGCUGUUCUGGUGAACGACGACGAUGAGCGGGCGGCGCGUGUGGUGAAGGGCCGGAUCGAGAAGACCAUCCUGGAGGAUGUGGCGUUCUUCAUUGAGGACGUUUACAAGGAGAACCAGGCGUACUUGCAGGUGAAGAUCGACGUCAAGUCGAUCGAGAAGCUGCAGCUGGAGCUGACGAUCGACCAGAUCGCCACGGCCAUUGUGGCUGCGCCAAAGCUCAAAAUCUCGCGCGGAGACGUGGCCGUCGUGGGCGGCAACAAGAUCCAGGUGCUGGUGUCGGAUAUGGGCACGGACGCGUCCAAGCCAGCCAAGUCCGUUUCUUCGAGAGAACCGUCUGUGAUCAAGGACCCAGAGGAGCGCGAGCGGCUGGAGCGCAGCUCGCUGUUCUUCAAGAUGCAGCAGCUCAAACGUGUGCUCACCAAGGUCGUCGUCAAGGGUCUGCCGGAGAUCUCGCGUGCCGUGAUCAACGUCAGAGACGACGGCAAGAAAGAGCUGCUUGUGGAAGGAUACGGCCUGAAAGAGGUGAUGGCCACCGACGGUGUGGUGUCGCACAAGACCAAGACCAACCACGUCCUGGAGAUCUUCGACGUGCUUGGAAUCGAGGCCGCCAGAGCCAGUAUCAUCUCCGAGAUCGACUACACCAUGGGCUCUCACGGUAUGGCAGUGGACCCUCGUCACAUCCAGCUUUUGGGCGAUGUGAUGACCUACAAGGGAGAAGUGCUGGGUAUCACGCGUUUUGGACUCGCCAAGAUGAGAGACUCGGUGUUGCAACUGGCGUCGUUCGAAAAAACCACAGACCACCUGUUCGACGCUGCUUUCUUCAUGAAGAAGGAUCUGGUGGAAGGUGUUUCCGAGAGAAUCAUCCUUGGCCAAACUAUGAGCAUCGGUACCGGAGCGUUCAAGCUGGCGGCCAACAGCAAGGUGGACAAUGCCAAACUCAAGCAGAAGGAAACGCUGUUCGAGGAGUUAUGCGCGCAACCGGUGGCUGCGGCAGCAUGA